UCACAAGGAGAUUUGCUCACAAUUGCAUAUGUCAGCAGGCUGUUAUUUAGUUUAAACACAUAUCUAAGUGCAGGAGUUUUCAGUGUGUGCUUAUUGAGCUAACAAAGGAUUGACACUGACUGUGGUUGAUGUCUCAUUGUGUCCCCUACCUUUAUGAGUCUGUGCACAGCACUGACAUCUUUUAAUCAUAUAAGAAACUGUUCUUGCCUGUUUCAUUUAUUAACCCCUCUAAGUCUAAAUAUUGUAAUUAUGCACUGUAAUGAAGCAAAAACAAUAGUUGGACAGUUUGCAGAGAUUCAUGAGGGGGAAUAUUAACUUAAAACUCCCACUGAAGUGUCUAAAGUCAUACCAAAUACAAAUGAUGUGUCUACGAGAAAGUUGUUUAAAAAAAUCAAGAUUUCUUGUGAAAUAAAGAUCACACAGCAUCCUAAAUGAAAAAAAUCUGUCUGCAAAUCAGCCAACAUUUUGUUCAUAACUUUAUUGAAACAACAUCUGUGAAUCAGUCAUAACCCAUGCUUCCAGUUUACUCCCCCUUGGUUUGUGUUACAUGGUGGUGACUUCUGUCAGGACCGAGUGGACUGGGUGGGUUCGCGCAUGCGCAGUGAGCUCUAUCCUCCUAUCAGUGCGGCAGGAAAAGCGCAGAGAAGACGCCGCGGAAAAAGAUAGGAAGGAGGGAGAAGGGGAAACAGUUAGAAAAGAGAAGGAAGAACAACAUGGAGAUAAACAGCGUGUUUAGUUCAUGUGUGAAGCUGUCCGCUGGUGUUGGACUGUAGCUCUCCUCCUCUGCCACAAAGCUGCUCCGUUAUGUCGGACAACCUGAGGAGAAAAACGUCAGGGAAUUGAGGAAAUCUUCAGAAAUCCUGCUACUAAACUGCGCUGUGCUGUCUAAAGAUCUUACAAACUGUGGAUGGUGCUGCUGUAACCGAGGAGCGCCCCUAAACUCGUCGUGAUUUCCAACCCAGGCCACGCUCAAAGUUUUUUUUUUUCCAUUUUUGUCAGCUGAAGGGGAAAUUUUGCUGCAUUGAAUUCCUCUGGACGGGAUGUCAUCCGCAGUCAGGAGGAAUUCCUCUGGCUGACUGAUCCUCCGGCUACAGUGUAGUGGGCUCCCGAGAGAGAGAAGAUGGGAGAUGCGACAGAUGACCGAGGGAUGAGGAGGACCUUCAUCGUCCCUGCCAUCAAGAGCUUCGAUCACUACGACUUCACCAGGGCCAAGAUCUCCUGCAGCCUGACGUGGCUGGUGGCCAAGGCUUUCGGCUCGGAUGCAGUUCCAGAGGACCUGUUGGAGCCUCUGUACAGGGACCAGUACAAACAAGAGCACCUGAAGCCUCCGGUGGCCUGCCUGCUGCAGUCCGCUGAGCUUUACUGUCGGGCGGGAAGCCUGAUCCUCCGCAGUGAUGCUGUCAAACCUUUACUGGGACACAAUGCUGUCAUCCAGGCCCUGGCUCAGAAAGGCCUGUAUGUCACCGACCAGGACCGACUGGUCACAGAGAGAGAUCUGACCAGCACGCCGAUACACAUGAGUUCCCAUCUGGCGCUCAUUGAUACCCUGAUGAUGGCGUACACUGUGGAGAUGGUGAGUGUGGAGAGGGUGAUGUCGUGCAUCAACAGGUACUCCUCCGCCGACCCCUCACAAGGUGACGGACACAUUCAGGAGCUGCCUUACGACACCGAGGAUGCAAUCGCCACCUGGAUCAACAAGGUGACUGAACACUUAAGGGACAUCCUUGUUGAGGAGCAAAAGCUGAGAGAAGCUUCCAUUCAGGAGUCAGCAACACACAAGGCUCGCUACAGGCGGGAGCAUGCCCAACAGAGGAGUGCUCCUUCACUCCCCCUGGUGGAGAACCUGCUGAAGGACAACACAGACGGCUGUGCCCUGACCGCCCUGCUGCACUUUUACUGCCCACAGGCCAUCAGACUGGAAGAUAUCUGCCUCAAGGAGACUAUGUCUUUGGCUGACAGUCUGUACAACCUCCAGCUGGUGCAGGAGUUCUGCAGGAACAACCUCAACCACUGCUGCCACUUCAGCCUGGAGGACAUGCUAUACGCUCAUGCAUCCAUAAAGAGUAACUACCUGGUGUUUAUGGCUGAGCUUUUCUGGUGGUUUGAAGUGGUUAAACCCUCAUUUGUACAGCCCAGAGUCUUCGAUCCAAACGCCUGCGAGCCUGUAUCAUCCUGUAGAAAUAUGGCUCCUGUGUCCAGUCCUGUCAAACAGAGCUAUUCAGAGAGACCGGACAGCCCAGAGAACAUCCCUGUGCAGGUGUCUGCAACAGGUAUAAUGAAGAGGUCUACCUCCAUGUCCUACAUGGAUGGCUGUGUUGGGACAUGGCCCAAAGAACAUCGCUCUUCCUCUCGGGGAAUCUCCUUUGAGAUCCCUCUGGACGGAGACCCAUCUUUGCUGUCAUGUGAAGCUCCCUCCCUGCGCGGUAUGACCCGCUCUGCCAGCAGUGACGGCCUUGGGUUUAAAGUUCACUAUGCGUCUCGAGAAAGCAUGAAACGCCACCUCUCCCUCAUGCCCGUUGAUGUAAACGGACAGAGCAGACACAUACCUGAGGAAGAUGAUGAGUUCACUUCCCAGAAACCCCUUGGGCGGAACAACACGUUCUCCAUCAAGAACCAAAGCAGGUACUCCAAUGGAGUCCUCCCUGAAGGCAACCAUAGCCACAACGAUCACCAUGGCAACCACAGUGGCCACAUCAGCCCAUCCUCUCCCCCGAGUAUUGAGGAGGCGCUGAAGAUUAUCCACGACACGGAGAGGCCUCACUCUUGCCUCGGUUCGAGGGACGGAGACAAUGGUUUCUUCCUCCAUGGUGCGGAGCCUUCAGAUCCUCCAGGGGCUCGCGGUCGAGGAGACGACCCGGGAUCCGCUAAGGCUCAGCCAAACGACCACGACCCCAACUCCUUGUCCACUGAUGAAGUUGACACUGGCAUCCAUGUGAGGACAGAGGACAUCCAGAGCUUGGAUGAGGACUCCUCCUCUCUGAGAGACUAUUCAGAUAUUGACCCAGACUGUGAGGCCAUGACCCAGUCCUGUCCGCUGCAUGACCAGCCGGAGAGGGAGAGGAGCCGGCCCGGAGGAGGGGAGAGGGUCGGUCAUACUAACCCCGAGAGUGGGAGGGGAGAUGGAGGGGACAGCCCCUGUCCCAGUUCAGUACUCACCCUCCCCAGAUCCCACACAAUGAGCCCCGCCUCGUCCUGCGGAGGCUCUGGGAGCAUGGUCCGUAUGACGAGCUUUGCAGAACAGAAGUUCAGGAAGCUGGAGGGAAGAAGCAGCGGAGGAACAACACCAGAGAGUUCAGACCUCAAUGUGCCGUACACACACCCGCCAAAAAGCCUUUCUUCUCAGAUAUCUACACCUCCUUUGCCAAUCACAUCUCCCUCUCCAGUAACGCCUUCCCCCAGAGACCCCUCCCACCUGAUAGCCACAGAGAUGAUUCAGCUGAGGAUGAAGCUGGAGGAGAAACGUAGAGCCAUUGAAGCUCAGAAGAAGAAGGUGGAAGCAGCGUUCACCCGCCAUCGGCAGAAGAUGGGCAGAACAGCCUUUUUGAAUGUAGUAAGAAGAAAAGGAAUCACUGCCCCCCUCAGCCCCAGCUCAGCAGCAGGAGAAACACCUUCACCAGAGCCGCUCUCAGCCUCAAAGGACAGCCGGCAGGGCAGCAUGGAAGGGGCAGAGAGAUGCAAGCCAGAUGGAGCAGCUCCUAGAUCCCCCUGUGAGGAUGGAGGAGGUAUGUCUCCCGGAGAAAUCGACCUUACAGAAUACACGCGCUCCAUCGAUAGGCUGAACACGUCUCUGGGCUUCCUGCAGACAGAGAUGCAGCGUUUGGCACAGCAGCAGGAGAGGAUCAUGUCCAUGAGAGAGCAACAGCAGCAAUCCUGGGUCAUUCCUCCUCCUGCUCCAUCUCCACACAGGCAGCUCCGUGAGUUGCGCAGCAGCAGUGCUACAGGCCGGGGAUCAGGUCGAGGAUCGGUUGGGUCUUUGUCCCCCAUCCUCUCGUCUACCGGCUCUCCCCAUGCUCCCAAUCGUUCCCCUUCUGGCUUAAAGCGACGGCCAGCCUCCUUCCACGCCAGGACACCCCGGACUCCACGGCCAAACGAUCUGAAGGUCACGCCCUUCAGUCGAAUGCUCAACACCCAGACCUCAGUGGACAGCCUACCCAGACUGAGGCGUUUCAACCCCAGCCAGAACCAGAACAGCUCAUUUGCUUACCUGGGCCACGAUGAGGGGCCUCCUAAAAGUUGGGACCAAGAGGCCAAGGACAACAACGAAAGCACUAAGGACAAAGAAGAAGAUGUGGAGAAGAAGAAUGCUGGCAUUCCUCAACCUUCUACUAUUGAAGCAGCCAAAGAGAAGGAACAUGAGGGGGAAAGAAAGAGUCUUUUUAACAUAGAGGUCAAGCCAUCAGGCUCCUCAGAGGUGGUGAAGGAGCCUCCGUCUGAAGCAGCAAGACCUCCACUCGGUCAGGAGAUGGCGGGAGAGGGGGAAGGAGACGGAGACGGAGAGGCAGGAACAGACACGUUUGGAGAAGACCAAAAGAUAUGCUGUGGAUUCUUCUUUAAGGAUGAUGUGAAAGGGGAAGAAGACAUGGCAGUAAAGAAAGCCGCUCUGCUGGAGAAGAGGCUGAGGAGGGAGAAGGAGACUCAGGAGAAGAAGCAACAGCAGGAGCUGGACCAGGAGCAGAAGAGAGAAGCUGCACGGUUGAAAGCCGAGGAGGAGCAGCAGAAGAAGGACGACGAUAAGGCGAGGAGGGAAUACAUCAAAUAUGAAUACUUGAGGAGGAAGCAGCUCAAGCUAAUGGAGGACAUGGACGAUGUCAUCAAGCCCCGAUCAGGAAGUCUCAAGAAGAAGCCGAGACCCAAGUCAAUCCACAGGGACGUCGUGGAGUCUGCGCCCCCCGUGAGGGCGACAGGGGUGCGUCCUCGAGGCUUCUCAGUAUCAAGUGUUUCUUUGGCAUCCCUCAAUCUGGCUGACAAUGACAAAGAUCUGCCAAAUAACAAAAAGAAUAACAGAGGCAAAAAAGUUUCCCAUAUCCCGUUCUUUCUAAACUCUCCCAAAGAAAGAAAGGGAAGGCCUGAUUCUGCAGAAGGCUUUUCUUCUUGUCCUUCGACUGGUAGUCGUAAUGGAGAGAAGGAUUGGGAAAAUGACUCCACCACCUCUUCCAAUCCCUCAAACAAUGAGUACACAGGACCCAAACUAUACAAAGAGCCGAGUGCCAAGUCUAAUAAACACAUCAUCCAGAAUGCCCUGGCUCACUGCUGCCUGGCUGGCAAGGUCAACGAAGGGCAGAAGAACAAGAUUCUUGAUGAAAUGGAGAAAUCGGAAGCCAAUAACUUCCUGGUGUUGUUCCGUGACGCGGGUUGCCAGUUCAGGUCUGUGUACGCCUACUGCCCUGAGACGGAGGAAAUCACCAAACUGGCCGGCAUCGGGCCGAGGAGCAUCACGACCAAGAUGAUCGAGGGCUUGUACAAGUACAACUCAGACAGGAAGCAGUUCAGUCAGAUCCCAGCCAAAACCAUGUCUGCCAGUGUGGACGCCAUCACUAUCGCCAGCCAUCUGUGGCAAACCAAGAAGCAAGGGACGCCCAAAAAACUACACACUAAGUAGCACCAGAUGGCCGGGCAAUAUUUGGACAAGCUUCUCUGGAAUUUGUGGAUUUUGCUUUUUCAUUAAAAGGACUCACAAUCCCACUUUCACAAAUCACAACUGGAAUGUAGAACACUAGUGGGCCUCACAGACGUUGUUGUUUCAGAGUUGGUUAUCAUGCUCUGGACUACCUUAAUGGGUCACAAGUGUGUACUCCUCAGCAUGUGUAUUGAUGUUCUCAUGUGCCAAAAAAGAGAAGAAAAUCAUAGGCGGACCAAUGCCUUAUCUAGUUGAACCACUGAAGCACUGAAUGUCACGCCUCAGAAAGAGGCAGUUUGGUUUCUAUAAGUUGUGUGGCCUUAUGCUUGUUUUGUGUCAAAUGGAUGCGCUGUGAGUGUUGUUGUCAUUUGUCAGCGCCUGUUUAAAGAGGUUGUUUGUACUCACAGGUCUGGGAUCAGAUUAUGCGCCCCUCAAGCCCAUGUUGUCAAAAGGAUGGUCUGCCUGAUCUGUGAUCAGGUAGAGGUGGCGUAUUUGAUGAAGGUUUCGCUGCUAUUAAGGCGCAUUUUCGUGACUGAAAAACAUAUAAACAGCUAAAACUUGUGUAUGUGUGUGUAUAGUGAAGUGCCAAGACGAGUGUGGACAAAAAACCUCAGUUGGUGAUUGCAAUGACUUUCUAAAAGAGUAUUCAGCACAUGGAAUACCAUAAAAUAAUUUCUGGAAAGUACCUGCAAUAUACUCUUAAUUUAUUUCAUUUUGAUAAUGCUUUGAAGACAUUUUUAAAAGCGACUUAGAUUUUAUUCAGAGAAACGUAAUUUACAGUACACAUAAAAGGUAAAUCAGUUUGUAUAUGAUGGCAGAUCCAUUCAAAAGUCCCCUUGUAGCUUUUCAGUAGCUUUUUUAAUGUAUCACGUGUGUGUUUAUCCCUGUGUUGUCGUUUGUGGCCUUUAAUUGUGCUACAAAUGCAAAAAGCGUGAUCACUCACCAGUAUCACUAAUAGGAUGAUCAUCAGUAGUAGAAUAGACUGAAAUCCCACUCUGUGUCAUCAGCCUGUGCAAUUUAACAGUUAUUUAAAUAAUCACCAUUUGACAGUGUUGCAGUUGAAACUAACAAAUACUGAAAGACACACUUUAUUGUGGACAUUGUUGUAAUUAUUAGAUCAUGAUUACCCUUAAAGUAGUCCACAAUUGUAAAUAAAUGAAUUCACCUAUGAUAGCACUUCAGAUCCUGUCCACUGUCUUUGAGGCGCUUCUGCUUCAGGACCUUCAUGCUUGUUACUUCACUUUUAUUACUGUUACUUUUUUAAAUCACAGGUUACUUCAGUAUGUGUUGACACUGUACAUAUAUAUAUUUUGGCAUAUAGAACUAUUUUUUGUAAUGACAUUGACGUGUUGGAGGUUUGUACUAAUGAACCAGUACAGUUGUUGAAGGAUGUGAGUGAAAAGCAAAGGCAUGGUAUAUAAAGUCCAAACAAGUCUUUAUUGUGGUAUUGUAUGCAAAAUCCAUUAAGUAUACUGAGAAAAACAUAGUAUUUUUUUCCAACUCUGAAUUCAUUUUUUCUUGCAAUUUACAAAAUAUGCUCAAUUGUUCAUGGAUUUUCAUUGUUUUUCUAUUACUUUGAGCUUAAUUAAAAUGCCAGCUAUCAACAGUAA